GAGCCAAAGCACCCAGACCCAGAACUGCCCUCUUCUAGACGCGGAGCUGGGAGCAGGGCGCGGGGAGCAGGGUGCGGGGAAAGAGUGGCCCCGAAAGACAGGACCAGCGCUGGCAUGGGCCAAAGAGCGGUGCGAGUGCUGCUCCUCCUGGGCUUAUUGCACUGGGGCCCGGGCAGCGAGGGAAGGAAAACCUGGAGACGGCGUGCUCAGCAGCAGCAGCAGCAGCAACAGCAGCAGCAGCAGCAGCCGCCGCCGCCUCCGCCCCAGCCCCAGCCCCAGCCCCAGCCCCAACCCCAGGCGCUUCCUGGCCGUGAGCUGGGCGAGGUUGCAGGGCAGCCAGUGGAGAGCUUCCCACUGGACUUCACGGCCGUGGAGGGCAAUAUGGACAGCUUCAUGUCUCAGAUCAAGAGUCUGGCACAGUCACUGUAUCCCUGUUCUGCGCAAAAGCUGGAUGAAGACUUGCGGCUUCACCUCCUGCUCAACACCUCAGUGACCUGUAAUGACGGCAGCCCUGCCGGCUACUACCUCAAGGAGUCUAAAGGCAGCCGGCGCUGGUUGCUCUUUUUGGAAGGCGGCUGGUAUUGCUUUAACCGGGAGAACUGCGAUUCUCGAUACGACACCAUGAGGCGCCUUAUGAGCUCCAAAGACUGGCCCAGAACUCGAACAGGUACUGGUAUCCUUUCAUCUCAACCAGAGGAGAACCCACACUGGUGGAAUGCCAACAUGGUCUUUAUCCCCUACUGCUCCAGUGAUGUCUGGAGUGGAGCUUCCUCCAAGUCUGAAACCAACGAGUAUGCUUUCAUGGGGGCCCUUAUUAUCCAGGAGGUGGUUCGAGAGCUCCUGGGAAAGGGCUUGACUAGUGCCAAGGUACUACUGCUGGCUGGAAGCAGUGCUGGGGGCACUGGGGUUCUUCUGAAUGUGGACCGGGUGGCAGAGCAGUUAGAGGAGUUGGGAUAUUCAGCCAUCCAAGUCCGGGGCCUGGCUGACUCAGGUUGGUUCCUGGACAACAGGCAAUACCGCCGAACAGACUGCAUUGACACCAUCACCUGUGCACCCACUGAAGCCAUCCGACGAGGGAUCAGGUACUGGAAUGGGGUCGUCCCCGAGCGCUGCCGGCUACAGUUCAAGGAAGGAGAGGAGUGGAACUGCUUCUUCGGAUACAAAAUCUACCCUACCCUGCGCUGCCCUGUGUUCGUGGUGCAAUGGCUGUUUGAUGAAGCCCAGUUGACUGUGGACAAUGUGCAUCUGACUGGGCAGCCUGUGCAGGAAGGGCAAUGGCUCUAUAUCCAGAAUCUUGGCCGGGAGCUUCGGAAUACACUCAAGGAUGUGUCGGCUAGCUUUGCCCCUGCCUGCCUGUCCCAUGAGAUCAUCAUCCGAAACCACUGGACAGACAUUCAGGUGAAGGGUACCUCACUGCCCCGAGCACUUCACUGCUGGGACCGAAGUCUUCACGAGGGCAACAGAAAUGGCAAAGCACCCCCCCUGAAGGGCUGUCCCGUCCACCUCAUUGACAACUGUCCCUGGCCCCACUGUAACCCCUCCUGUCCCACCAUCCGAGACCAGUUUACCGGACAAGAGAUGAACAUAAUCCAGUUCCUCAUGCACAUGGGCUUCGAUGUACAGAAAAUGGCUCAGCAGCAAGGGCUAGAGCCCAGCAAGUUGCUGGGGAUGCUUAGCAGUGGGAGCUAAAUGAAGUCAGGAUGUGGAAAUGGUUCAUGGGCAGCACAGGAGAGGGUGACCCCCUGCACACCCUCUGCCUCCCUCCCUUUCUCCACCUCACCUCACACCACCAGGCUCACAUCCUUGCUCUGUGCCUGACGCCCCUUGGACCUAUACGUAUGUGUCCCACCAGGGCCGACAGAACCCUAAGCCACCUCUUCCCCCUCCAGUGGGUCUUGAGACAUUUGGAAUCACAGAAUGUUUAGAGUUGGAAGGGUCCUCAGUGACCAGUCUAGCUCAUGCCCCGCCCAAAGAAUCCUCCCUAUAGCGUGCUGAAUGUGGGUCAUCCAGCCUACUCUAAGACCCCCAGUGGGGGUAGGACGAGGCAUCCCAUUUCACUUUUAGAUGUCUUUGUUAGGAAAUUUUUCCUGAUGUUGUCUAAAUCUGUCUCUUUGCAACUUCAACCCAUUGCUUCUGUUUCUGCCCUCUGAAGCCAAGAAGAGCAGAUCUAAUCCAUCUACCAUAUGACAGUCCUUCAAAUACUUGAAUCUGUCAUGUGUUCCCCUACCCUCACCCCUGCCCCAAGUCUUGUUUUCUCCAGGUUCCACAUUCCCAGUUCCUUCAACUAAUGUUCUCAUAACAUGUACUCUAGGCCUCACCAGCUUGUUCAUCCUUUUCUGGACAUGAUCCUAAAUGGUGUUACCCAGCAUUAGACACAAUAUUCCAGAGAGGGUCCAAGAAGGGCAGUGUAAACAGGCACACUCCCCUCCUUAUGCCUUAUUUCUCAGUGUAGACCAGGAUUAUAUCAGCUUUGCUGGCUGCCACGUUAUCCUGCUGACUCAUAUCUAGUGGAACCUCCAGUUCUUUCCCCAACAUACUGUUGUCCAACAAUACCCUUUACCCCAUCCUGUCCUUGGGAAGUUGACUUCUUUAACUGAAAGGUGAGCCUUUACAUUUAUCACUGUUGAAUUUAAUCUUAUUGGAUUUCGCCCAAUUGGUUUCUGUCUAGUCUUCUUUUUUGGAUCCUGCCCGUCAUUUAGGGUGCUUUCAUUGAAUUCCUGCUUUGUGUACCUAAAAUUUGAUAAGUAUGACUUUGUCCUAGUUAUUGACAAAAAUGUUUAAUUGGACAAGGCCAAGCACAGAUCCCUGGGGUACUUCCCCUGGAUGUCUAUUGCUAAGUUUUGUCAUUGAACUCUGAAGGACCACUCUGAGUCUGGCCACUCAAUUCUGUAUCCAUUCAAUUGUAUUGUUACCUAAUCCACAUUUCUCCAACUUUUCCCCAAGAAAAGCAUGGGAUAUUUUAUCAAAUGCUUGACUAAAAUCUAGGUCAACCAUAUCAACAGCAUUCUGAUCUGCUACUCUAGUAACCAUGUCGAAAAAAAGGAAAAAAAGAAAAAGAAAGAAAAGAAAAAGAAAUAACAUUUGUUUGGCACAACCUGUUCUUGACAAAGCCAUGCUGGUUCUUUCUGAUUACUGUCCCUUUUUCUAGAUAUUCACUGAUCAUUCCUUUAAUGAUUCAUUCUAGAGUUUCCCACAAAUUGGAAUCACAUUUGCUGACCUGCAGACUGUUCUCUUCCUUUUUUUUUUUUAAAUUGGGGUAACAAUUGUCCUUCCUUAGUCCUAUAUAUCUCUUCCAUUUUCCAUAGUCUUUCAAAUACUUUUGACAGUGGUUCUGCCAUCAUUGACACUCCCUUCAGGACCCAAGGAUAGAGUCCAUUGGAUUCCAAUUGAUCAAGGACAUCUAGGUAUUCUCUUGCUAUCUUCUUAUUCCUCUUGGACAUCAACUCCUUGUUAGUCAUUUUUACUCUUAUUAUCAGUUCAGAGCUCAUUGUUUUUGUCAGAGCACAUAAAAAGAAAAUUAGAAUUGUUGUCAGUUACUAGUUUAUUUCAUACCCCCCCCAAAGCAACUCUAAUUCCUAUUUAAUCUUUUUUCCCAAUACAGUUUUUUAAAAAAACAUUUUUGGGUCAUCUUUAUUCUGAGCCUUAGCACUCCCAACACUAUAUUUAUGGGACAGUGUCAUGUUCUUAUAUUCUUCCUCUAUCCCUUGCCCUUGCUUCCAUCUUCUUUACAUAUCUCUUUGAAAUCUCAGUUGGCUGGUAAGUUCACAGUAUAUCCACAUUGAUCUCUUUGGGCAAAUAUUUUUAUUAUUGGAAUUGUUUCCCUUCGUGACUGAAAUUCUUAAGAGUUUCUCAUCUCUUCUGGGAAGAUUUCCACUAUAAGAUUUUAGCCCAUAGGAUCCUACAUAGCCUUUUCUCUGAGCCCAAAAAUCUAGGGUGCGUGUCAGAGUCUACUUGGAUUUCCUAUUUUUCUUUAUCAGAAAUUCUGGAGGGGAGUAGUGAUUUUCCCUGUAAUGUUCCCAUCAUUUCCACUCACCCUUCCUUCCUUCUCUGGCUGAGGUCUCUGGUCUCAACUCUUCCUCCCACUGCUUCCAAUGAAGUCUGGCCAGAGACUGGCUGCCCAUCAAAUGAAGCAACAUCCUCAUGACCCCUUCCUGGCUCUGCCUCUGUCACCAGCAUGGACUCCCCUGUUAUCCUUUCUUAACUUUUCCUCUCAGAGUCUUUGGUCCAUGGGGCAGAGCCUAAAGCACUGGAUUCCUCAAUUCCAACAGAAGUCCCAUCUCAGUCCCUUUCCAUCCUCACCUCCCAGGCCUUUUCAUGCCCUUUUGUAUUAUUUUAUAAAGUGACUUUUUAUUACUUUUAAUUUUUUAAAAAAGGAAAUAAGCAAGAAUAUAAGAUGAAUGAUAUUGUUUUGUAACAUAUUUUUUUUAAAUAAUAAAAAACCAAAGAACCUCAACCUACUGACUUAUUUAUUUGAAAGUGUAGCUUUGUCUCCUCCUAGUUUUGCCAGAGAGAGGGGGAGGGCCCCCCCCUCCCUAAAGCCUGGCUUGGAAAGUCUAAGAUUAGAGUAUCACCCCUUAAUAGGUUUACAGCAUCCUUGGUACCCAGUCAUUACAACAGCAUUCACCUCAAGUGAAACUCUCUUGCUUUCACCCCCUCCCCCCUUUUUUUUUUCUUGUGGGAAGAUCUACUUUGUCAAGUUUCAGAUGAUGCUUACUUUGUUAGUUCAAUUGAAUAAACAUUUAUUAAGCACCCACUGUGUGCAAAAUACUGUCCUAGGUUCUGUGGAUACAAAGAUGAAAUAAAACGCAAUGGCUAUAUGCUAA